UAAUGUUGCACUUCGUUUGGUUUGCAUUGGGAUUGUGUCUUAUUUUUCUAAUUGUCGACUUUUGGUUGACUGGUGGUGGCUGGACUCCAGGCAGUGCAUCGACGCGGAUGAUUUCCAACGAUGAGGCGCAUUUUAAUGACACACUUUUAAGAUUAUUAGUUCCACGUUGGCUCGGCUCAAUUGGCCAUACGGAUGUGUGCAACUUCCUUGUCGACGAACUUCAUCAUCUUGGUUUCAAUGCCGUUCAAAAUGAAUUCACAGACCCGAUUCCGAUCACCAAUGUGCUGGGAAUCAUGAAUCCGAAUGCAACGCAUUUUCUAAUGCUCAGUUGCCACUACGACUCCAAGUACUUGGAAGUAGCCGAAGAGUAUGUGGCGGCUACCGAUGGAGCCGUCUCCUGCGCCAUUCUGCUGAAUAUGGCCAAAAGAUUGAAAUAUUUUUUCUCAAGAGAGUUUUCGCAGCGAAAAGAUAUCGGUUUGUUGCUGGUUUUCUUUGAUGGUCACGACUCUGUGAAUGGUAUUACGGAUAUGACAUAUCCACUCUUUGGAUCCAGCGGCUUUGUGGAAUCGGAAACCAUACCAUUAAAACAGAUCACAUUGCUCAUCUCACUCAAUUUGAUUGGCGCCCCCAAUCACAUAUACAUGAGCAGAUAUGAGCAAACAUUCGGCAUGCACGAGCGGAUGGCCGAAAUCGAGCUGGAGUUGCGCCAAUUGGGUCUACUGAGCGAGUGCCACCAGCUGUUUUACAAGCUGAAGGAUCAUGACAGCGAUAUCGAUGACGAUCACAAUUCGUUCCUUGAAUCGGGUGUGCCAGUGAUGCAUGUGGUGCCUCACACUUAUCCCGAAUUGUGGCUCCACGAAGAUGAUAAUUUUGAGAAUUUACAUUGGCCAACAGUUCGUAAUAUGAACGCGAUAAUUACACGUUUCGUUUAUGAAUAUUUCAAGAAAAACAAUGGCUCGGAUUUAAAUGCAAAAUAAUAAGAAACAUGUCAUCAAUGCCGCCCAAUAAAUUGUAUAACAUCGAUAUAUCAUCCGACUAAAAUAGUUAUCGAUGAUGUCGAUAGCUGGUGAA